AUGAAAGGGAAGAAGAUAAUGUUCGUAGGGGACUCGUUGAGUAUGAAUCAGUACGAGUCCCUAUUGUGCAUGCUUCAUGCAGCUGCUCCCAAUUCCAACAUCACCCGUCUUGCCCGGGAAUGGAUCAGUUUUUGGGUUGAUCAGGAUUAUGGAGUGUCAAUAAUGUUGUUCACAAGCCAUUAUUUGGUAGACAUCCAGCAGGACAAGAUAGGUCGUCGUGUCUUAAAUCUUGGUUCAGUAAGCAGUGGCAAUCUUUGGAAGCAAAUGGAUGUACUGAUUUUCAACACAUGGCUUUGGUGGUACAGGAAAGGUCCUAAGCAAGGAUGGAAUUACAUUCGAGAUGGGAAGAUCAUAUCUAAGGACAUGAACAGAAUGACGGCCUUCACAAAAGCCUUGCGAACAUGGGCAAAAUGGGUUGAUUCAAGCGUAGAUACAAGGAAAACAAGUGUAUUCUUUCAAGGCGUUUCUCCUGCUCACUACAAUGGGGCCGCUUGGGGGAGGCCAGGAGUGAGAGAUUGUUCUAAUGAGACAAAACCAAUAGCAGGAGGAUUAACCCAGUCCGUGGUCCCAUUGGCGUUAAAAGUUCAACAAGACAUCAUAGGAAGCAUAAGGAAACCGGUUCAUUUCCUGAAUAUAACUGCAAUGUCAUACAUGAGAAAAGAUGGACACCCAGCGUCGCACAAUGGCCUCGGGGGCAUGGACUGCACGCACUGGUGCGUUGCUGGUGUCCCUGAUACUUGGAAUCAUAUCCUCUCAACGAUCCUCAUUCAUUCAGGAAAAAGAGGGAAAGAAAGCAAGAAACUACCACGGCAAACUCUUGCACAUAAAUAAUCAGGGUUGGAUCCAUCCAAUACAAAACCAAACAGGGUCUUGGUUGGAUUGGGUGAUUAGAUUGUUGCUCUUUCCUUGAAACAACACUAGUUCAUGAUUAUUGGCGCUUCUUGUUCUUGAAGCAAACUGUUGAUUGUGAUUAGUCUGAUGUGCUUUACUAUAAAAAUC